AUGACUGAUAACUACGAAGCUGCAAUAGCAGGAACAGGAUGGGGUCUUUGGCAUUACUUCUUAAUCAUUCUCUGCGGCUUGAUAUCGCUUGCGGAAGCGAGCACUUCUCUGACUGUUCCCAUCGUGGCACCGAUAAUAGCAUGCGAUUUGAAACUCAGCAAAGACCAAGCCAUCAUGCCUAUUGCCAUUUCCAGUCUUGGCAUGGCGAUAGGAGCCUUCGUGUUUGGAUCUAUAUCGGACACUGUUGGGCGUAAAAAUUUGAUCCCGGUUACUAUGGGCAUUGUGUUUUGCGCCUCUGCCAGCCUAUCCUUCGCGCAAACUAAUUUUCUGAUAAACUUAUCAGUGUUUGUGUUGGGGCUGGGAGUAGCCGGUAACAAUACUGUUCUGAGAGUAUACCUCAUCGAAUGCCUACCGAUGAGAAAGAGAGGAACUUGCUUAGCGAUAAUUGAUAUGUUCUGGAUGAUCGGUUACGCAUUGGCUUUAGGCGUCUCCUGGGCUUUGAUGCCGUCUGUCAUACGCAUGUUGGGCAAGAAAUUCCGACCGAGUUCCUGGCGAGUCCUCGCCGCUCUCUACGGUAUGCCAAGCCUGGUGAUCGCCUGCAUGUCAGGUCUCCUGCCGCCGAGUCCUCGGCACUCGAUAUACCGUCGGAGGCCGGGACAGGCACUCGCGGUGCUCCGACAGAUGUAUGCCAUCAAUAAUUCGAAACACGCCGAUACCUAUCCGAAAGUACUUUACGAAAACUUGGGAACGAAUCAACAAAAUGCACAGGCCUCCUUACAAGCGGACAACAUUGUGUGGAAUAUUAGCGUGCCUGCUACAUUUUCCCGGGUAAUAAAGGAAGUUCUACCAUUCGCCGGGCUCGCUCUGUGGAAGACGCACGUACUCCAGGAAUUGGAAAAUGAUCACAUCGGAAGCGGAAACGGUACGUGCAGCGUCAAUAUCCAGAACGUGGCAUUAGGUUUUCUGCAGAGCUGCGACGAGAUAAACGAGGCUCGUUUCGAGCUGCUCCUGCUGGUAUCAUUGGGCUACGUGCUAGGAGAAAUACUGCUUAUUGUUGGAAUCGACGUCGUCGGCAGAAAGCCGUAUUUAAUUUUUUCGGCAUUAGUGGGCGGCGCAGCCUCGAUCGUGCUAAUUGUUCGGAUGCACCAUACAAUUCGCCUGGUCUUAGCAUCGAUUUUUCUAGCCGCUUACGCUAUCGGCGUUACGACGACGUGCGUUUUGCUGCUGGAAAAUUAUCCCACCGCUCUGAGAGGCACGAUGAUAGGCCUGACGAAAAUACUUCCCCAUUUAACGGUCUUUGCGAUGCAGCUCUUCCUGAAGACAACUUGUUUAUCGAGCAUCAUUGUAGUGUCUAUUAUCCUAAUAGGUGCGGCCAUCGUAAUGCUACCAGUAGCCGAUUUAACCAAGUCACCGAUGAAGGAAUAAUUCACACUUCCAGUUAUGUAUCUACGAUGAUUUACUUGUUUGCGUGGA